CGCGCGAGGUCUAAGGGCACGCGGGAAGUGGCGGGCGGGGAUUGAGGGGGGCGUGCAGGUGAGACGACUGGCCUGGGGUCGCUGGCAUGGCCGAGGCCAGGAAGCGGCGGGAGCUGCUUCCCCUGAUCUACCAGCAUCUGCUGCAGGCGGGCUACGUGCGCGCGGCGCGGGAAGUGAAGGAGCAGAGCGGCCAGAAAAGUUUCCUGACUCAGCCUGUAACCCUUCUGGACAUCUACACACACUGGCAACAAACCUCGGAGGUUGGCCGGAAGCGGAAAGCAGAGGAAGAUGCAGCGCUGCAGGCCAAGAAGAGCCGUGUGUCAGACCCCAUUAGCAGCUCGGAGAGCUCGGAAGAGGAGGAGGAGGAGGCAGAAGCCAAAACCUCCAAAGCCACCCCAAGACUAGCGUCUACCAACUCCUCAGUUGUGGGGAAAGUUUUGCCUUCAAGCAUGAAAGAAAAAGCCAAGGCAGAGACCAAGAAAGCCAGCAAGACGGUGAACUCCACACCACACCCUGCCUCUGGGAAGGCAGUGGCCCACCUCUCAGGAAUGGCAUCGGCAGGCCAGGUGGACAGCUCCAGUGAGGACACCUCCACCUCGAGCGAUGAAACAUACGUGGAGGUGAAACCCUCAGUAAAACCACCCCAGGUCAAAGCCUCGCCAGCCCCUGCCAAGGAGUCUCCAGGGAGAAGGGCAGCCCCAACCCCUGGGAAGGCGGGGAAUGUGACACCCCAAGUCAGAGGAGGUGCCGUGACCCCAGCCAGCAGGGCCAAGAAGCCAGAAGAGGACUCGGAGAGCAGCGAGGAGAAAUCUGAGAGUGAAGAGGGGGCCCCUGCGGAGAAACCCAGCCAGGGGAAGGCCUCGGAGAAAACUGUCUUGGCCAGAGCUGCCUCGGGUCCUGCCAAGGGGACCCCUGGGAAAGGAGCCACCCCAGCACCCCCUGGGAAGGCAGGGCCUGUAGCUGCCCAGGCCAAGGCAGGGAGGCCAGAGGAGGACUCGGAGAGCAGCAGCGAGGAGGAGUCGGACAGUGAGGAAGAGACACCAGCUGCCAAGACCCCACUUCAGCCCUCAGGGAAGACCUCCCAGGUCAAAGCUGUCUCAGUCCCCGCCAAGGAGUCUCCAAAGAAAGGCACCGUCGCAGCACCCUCUGGCAAGGCAGGGCCCGCGGCUGCCCAGGCCAAGGCAGGGAGGCCAGAGGAGGACUCGGAGAGCAGCAGCGAGGAGUCAGACAGUGAGGGGGAGGUGCCAGCAGCCGUGCCUCCAACCUCGAGCUCAGCUCAGGCGAAGCCCUUGGGGAAGAACUCCCAGGUCAGAGCUGCCUCGGCUGUGGGCUUGGGGCCCUCAGGGAAGGGUGCCGUCCCAGCACCCCCUGGGAAGGCAGCGUCUACAGCCACCUUGGCCCAGGUGGGGAAGCGGGAGGAGGACUCGGAGAGCAGCAGCGAGGAGGAGUCAGACAGCGAGGGGGAGGCGCCAGCCGCCGUUGCCCCAGCCCAGGCAAAGUCCUCUGGGAAAAUCCUCCAGGUCAAAUCUGCCACAGGUCCUGCCAAGGGGCCCCCUCAGAAGGCAGGGCCUGCAGCCACCCAGAUCAAGGUCGAAAAGUCCAAGGAAGACUCAGAGAGCAGCGAGGAAGAGUCGGACAGUGAGGAGGAGAUGCCCGCAGCCAUGACUCCAGCCCAGACAAAACCAGCUAUAAAAACUCCUCAGCCCAAGGCCUCCCCAAGAAAGGGCAACCCCGUAACUCCCGCAAAUGCCAAGGUCCCCCCAGUGCGAGUGGGCACACCAGCCCCCUGGCAAGCAGGAGCAGCAACUUCGCCAGCCUGUGCGUCAUCCCCAGCUGUGGCCAGGGGUGCCCAGAGGCCAGAGGCAGACUCUUCAAGCAGCGAGGAGUCAGAGAGUGAGGAGGAGAAAGCUCCUGCCACAGCAGCUGGACAGGUGAAGUCUGUGGGGAAAAACCCCCCAGUGAAAGCUGCCUCAGCACUCACCAAGGCGCCCUCAGGGCAAGGGACCACCCCAGCACUCCCUGGGAAGGCAGGGCCUGCGGUGGCCCAGGUCAAGGCUGAGGCGCACGAUGACUCGGGGAGCAGUGAGGAGGAGUCGGACAGUGAGGAGGCGGCAGCGACUCCAGCACAGGUGAAGGCCUCAGUGAAAACUCCUCAGACCAAAGCCAGCCCAGCUUCUGCCAGAGCGGCUUCAGCCAAAGGGGCAGCGUCAGCUCCCGGAAAAGUGGUCACUGCAGCUGCUCAAGCCAAACAGGGGUCCCCAGCCAAGGUGAAGCCACCAGCAAGAACCCCCCAGAGCCGUGCCAUCUCGGGGAGGGGCCAGGUAGCUGUGCCAGCUGGGGGAAAGGCAGUGGCCGCAGCAGCCCAGGCCCAGCCAGGGCCAGUCAGGGGCCCAGAGGAGGACUCGGAGAGCAGUGAGCAAGAGUCAGACAGUGAGGGGGAGGUGCCCGCUCAGGCAAAGCCCUCAGGGAAGACCCCCCAGGUCAGAACUGCUUCAGCCCCCACUAAGGGGUCCCCCAAGAAAGGGGCUGCCCCAGCACCCCCUGGGAGGACAGGACCCACAGCCACCCAGGUGGGGAAGCAGGAGGAGGACUCGGAGAGCAGCAGCGAGGAGGAGUCAGACAGUGAGAGGGACGCGCCUGCUCAGGCGAAGCCCUCAGGGAAGACUCCUCAGGUCAGAACUGCCUCAGCCCCCGCCAAAGGGUCCCCCAAGAAAGAGGCAGCCCCAGCACCCCCUGGGAAGACAGUACCCGCAGCCACCGGACCCACAGCCACCCCGGCAGGGAAGCGGGAGGAGGAUUUGGAGAGCAGUGAGGAAGAAUCGGACAGCGAGGGGGAGGCACCUGCUCAGGCGAAGCCCUCAGGGAAGAUCCCCCAGGUCAGAACUGCCUCAGCCCCCACCAAGGGGUCCCCCAAGAAAGGGAUUGCCCCAGCACCCCCUGGGAAGACGGGACCCACAGCCACCGGACCCACAGCCACUCAGGCAGGGAAGCGAGAGGAGGACUCGGAGAGCAGCAGCGAGGAGUCAGACAGUGAGGGGGACGCGCCUGCUCAGGUGAAGCCCUCAGGGAAGACUCCCCAGGUCAGAACUGCCUCAGCCCCCACCAAGGGGUCCCCCAAGAAAGAGGUUGCCCCCGCACCCCCUGGGAAGACGGGAUCCACAGCCACCCAGGCGGGGAAGCAGGAGGAAGAAUCAGAGAGCAGCAGCGAGGAAGAGUCAGACAGCAAGGGGGCAGUGCCAGCAGCUGUGACACCAGCCCAGAAGGAAGGUAACUCCCAAACUGUCCGAAGCAAGACCCUGGCCCCAGCACUCCUGGAGAAGAAGGCAGAGUCGUCGUCAGAGAGCAGUGACGAGGAGCUGCCGGCAAGCCAGGUGAUUAAACCCCCUCUGAUUUUUGUCGACCCUAAUCGUAGUCCAGCUGGGCCAGCUGCUACCCCUGCGCAAGCCCAGGCUGCAGGCGCCCCGAGGAAGGCCCGGGCCUCGGAGAGCACAGCCAGGAGCUCCUCCUCAGAAAGCGAGGAUGAGGACGUGGUCCCCGCUACGCAGUGCUUGACUCCUGCCAUUAGAACCAACGUGGUGACCGUACCCACGGCCCACCCAAGGACAGCCCUCAGAGCUGGCGCUGUUGGGGCCAGCAGUGGUGAGGAGUCCAGUCGGGUGUCAGAAGGCAAGAAGCAGGAGGCACAGGUGACAAAGAAGAACCCAGCUGACCUCCCGCUGACCCAGGCCGCCCUGAAGGUCCUUGCCCAGAAAGCCAGUGAGGCCCAGCCUCCUGCUGCCAGGACCCCGUCUUCAAGUGGGGUUGACAGUGCUCUGGGCACACUCCCUGUGACGAGUCCUCAGAGCACCCCUGUUCCGGCCAAAGUGACCAACAAGCCCAGAAAGCCCAAGGUUCCUGAGGUCCGGCGGGCCUCGGCCACUCCCUUGGGACACUCCAAAGCCAAGGCCUCUGGACCCUCGGAUGACAGCGAGGACAGCAGCGGCAGCUCUUCAGGGAGCAAGGAGGAUGCUGAGGGGCCCCAUAACCUGGUAGGUGCAGCCCCCUCCAGGAGGGAGACCUUGGUGGAGGAGACCACAGCAGAGUCCAGCGAGGAUGAGGUGGUGGCGCCUUCCCAGUCUCUCCUCUCAGGUUAUGUGACCCCUGGGCUGACUCUGGCCAAUUCCCAGGCUUCAAAGGCCAUUCCCAGGCCAGACCCCAACCCUUCAGUUUCCUCUAUUCCGGCCACCAAAGAUGCCCCAGACGGCAAGCAAGAAAUGGAGCCCCAACAAGCAGCAGCCACCAUGUCCCCUCAAACAGGCAGAAGGGAGGCUAGCACCACACCUCAGAAGACCCGGAAGCCCAGGAAGGGGGCUGGGAGCCCCCAAGCCUCAACGCUGGCACUGCAGAGUGACAUCACCCGCCGCCUCCUGAGCGAGCCCUGGCCCCUGAACGAGGCCCAGGUCCAGGCCUCGGUGGUGAAGGUCCUGACGGAGCUGCUGGAGCAGGAGAGGAAGAAGGCCGUGGAUGCCGCCAAGGAGAGCAGCAGGAAGGGCCAGGCGGGCCGCAAGCGGAAGCUGUCGGAAGACCAGCCGGCCGCCAGGACCCCCAAGAGCAAGAAGAAGAAGCAGCUGGCGGCCGGGGAAGGUGGGGAGGCUGCUGUUUCCCCAGAAAAGGCCCCCAGGACUCUCAAGGGGAAGUCCAAGAGAGACCGAGCAAGUGGUGACAUCAAGGAGAAGAAGGAGAAGCCAGAAGGGGAGCCGGGGACGGUGGAGGUUGAGGAUGGAGACCCAGGCAACACGAAGAGCAAGAAGGAGAAGAAGAGAUCCGACAAGAGUAAGUGGCCGCGGCGAAGCACAUGUCCCCGGCCCUCGCUGAGGGCUGUCGGUCACCACGCGAGCAGGACGGGCCCUCGGCCAGCACAGAAGGGGUAG